UUCUGGGUAAUGAAAGGCGCAGGCACUAGAGUUUGAUAGCGUGUAGUUUGUAACGCUAGCAUUAGCAUUAACGUGGACAUGUAACAAGUUUAUGUUGUAUUACAUACUGUAUAUACUUAGUUGUUAGCAUGCUUACCGUUUGGUACUCUCGUGUUUUGGAAUAGCAACGACGAGGGCUAACGUGAGCGACUUGUGCUGUGUAAAUUAGCAACAUGAGCCUCAAUGAGCAUUCAUUGCAAGCACUGUCCUGGAGGAAGCUCUAUUUGAGCCGGGCUAAACUCAAGGCUUCCAGCCGAACCUCUGCUCUGCUCUCGGGGUUCGCUAUGGUAGCAAUGGUGGAGGUGCAGCUAGACAACAGCUACCCAUACCCGCCCGCACUUCUCAUCGCCUUCAGCGCCUGCACCACCGUGCUGGUGGCCGUGCAUCUGUUCGCCCUCAUGGUCAGCACCUGCAUUCUGCCCAACAUCGAGGCCGUCAGCAACGUCCACAACCUCAACUCGGUCAACGAGUCCCCUCACGAGCGUAUGCACCGGCACAUAGAGCUGGCGUGGGGCUUCUCCACGGUCAUCGGCACGUUGCUGUUCCUGGCCGAGGUGGUUCUUCUCUGCUGGGUCAAGUUCUUGCCCAUCAAGCCCAGCAAGUCCAGCAACAACAGCAUGUCCGCCGGCGUGGCUGCCGCCAUCACCUCCACGUCCAUCAUGGUGCCUUUCGGCUUGGUGUUCAUCAUGUUCGCCGUUCAUUUCUACCGCUCCUUGGUCAGCCACAAGACAGACAGACAGUUCCAGGAGCUGGAGGAGCUGUCCAACCUCACCAGGCUGCAGAAUGAGCUGGACAAUAGAGGAGACUCCAUUUUGCAUUCUCCAAGCUCACAUUUCCCAUAGACCACAGCUAUUUUUAGAUUUUUGGUUUUCCAGGGCCUCACCUCUGUAUUGUAAUAUUUAUAUACACAUUUUAUUUUAGAGAUGUUUGCUCCAUCUCAAUAAUGGCAUAAAUGCAUGAAACUUGAAAUCACAAAGUCUUAAAUGUGAAUGCUCUUUAUCCAUGCACUUGAACUUUGACCCCUGUCUCUUGCCUGCUGCAUUUAUUUACCUGUUUUUUUGUUUCCCUGUAACGUGAUCCACGAGUAAUUCAACUUUUAUUUAUGCCGCACACAAGUAAUUCAGCAUGUAAAGUACAUUUAAUGACAUUUGUACCCGGGUUAAUUCAUGUUUUGCUGCUUUACACGUGAAGUUUGCUUAGUUUUAUCGUUGAUCUGACUUUUUUACUGUAUGUUUUUGCAGAAUGCAUUGACUGGAGAAGAAAACUGCAUUGUUUUUGUAAAUUAACGCUGUCACGAGGCAUGCAGUGAGACUAGAGUAUGUAUAAAGCCGGAAGCAAGUGGUCUGCAUAUUUUAAUAUAAUAUGCAAAAGUAUAUGUUAUACAAAAGUAUAACUUGUACUGUUGUGUGACCAAUGAAAUGUCUUUAACACCUGGAAAAAUAAAAGUU